CGACAAAGAUAAAAUCCCUGUCUUAAUGUGGGAUUUGUCAACACAAGCACACAUUCAGCACAAUGGCGCGUCCUCUGCUUGUGUGUGUGGCCAUCUGUCAUCUUUGCCUUGUGGUUGCGGCCGACAGUUUCUGUGCGCGGACAUGUAACUGUACUUCCGGUGGCGGACAGGGUACACCAAUCUGGCCGGAAGCUGUUGCUGCAACAGCAGGAGUUGUCGCUCCCCUUGUCCUAGGGGGGCUUGGGUAUGGGGUGUGGAAGUUGGCAUCCUCGUCGUCGGGUGGGUUCAACGUCACCCACCCGAGUUUCCCCAAACGGCAGGGGCUGAUGAAGGACUUCGACCGGAAGGCCUCCCUGGAAAGCAGCACAAGUUCCGGGUAUGACCCAUACAAGCGACGGCAGUCCGCGUUGUCGGUGUUUGAUAACGAUGACGACGACUUUCCCUCGGAUGUUGACCUUCCUCGCAACUCCUCUGUAAACUCCUUCACUGGGGAGGAUGGAUCCAUGUUCAGCGGGACCCCCAGGGGGGCGCCCAUGUCUCGCCCCUCCUUCUUGCCGGCUCCCCAGUCCGGUACUCCGCGUGCCGGAAGCUUCAACUCGUGGAUGUGAUGGACCACUUCCUGUGUCACUGUCAAACUAAGAACAUACUGACUAUCGAGGUAUGCGUGUUGAAAUACGUUGGUGUCAGUUAGUCACCUAACUGAGUUAUUAUUCACUGAUUAAAAAUCAAGAAACGCUUCCUUCAAAAUUAAAUUAGCACUAAAGCCAGUAUUAAUUGGCAUAAUGUUUUUCUCCUUGGAUUUUCCUCUUAUUUGAUGUUGUGUGUUGUUGAUUGAUUGACUGUAAACUUCAAGAUCUACAAAUCUUUCAUUUGUAUAUUAAUGUCUUUAAUGUAUAAGGUAUAAUAAAUACAU